UUUCUUUUUCAUUCAAACAACAUUUGAUUUAUUUAAUCGAAACUAGCAAAUAAUUAUUGUUGCCUCAUUUAUUGCACAUAAGAUGUCUGAAGCACCUGCUAUUGGUAUUGAUUUGGGCACAACUCACUGCUGUGUGGGUGUGUUCCAGAAUGGCAAGGUCGAGAUCAUUGCCAACGACCAGGGUAAUCGUACCACAUCAUCCUAUGUUGCCUUCACGGACACGGAGCGCUUGAUUGGUGAUGCCGCCAAGAACCAGGUGACGGUGAACCCAAACCAGAGGAUCUUCGAUUCGAAGCGUCUGAUUGGUCGCAAGUUUAAGGAUUCUGCUGUCCAGGCUGACAUGAAGUACUGGCCCUUCGAUGUGGUCAGUGUAGACGGCAAGCCCAAGAUUGAGGUUACGUACAAGGACGAGAAGAAGACCUUCUUCGCCGAGGAGAUCUCUGCCAUGGUGUUGACCAAAAUGAAGGAGACCGCCGAGGAGUACCUGGGCAAGACGGUUACCAAAGCUGUCAUCUCUGUGCCAGCCCACUUCAACGACUCGCAGCGUCAGGCUACCAAGGAUGCCGGUACCAUCGCCGGUUUGAAAGUCCUGCGUAUCAUCAACGAGCCCACGGCCGCUGCAAUCGCCUAUGGCCUGGACAAGAAGGCUGUUGGUGAGCGCAACGUGCUUAUUUUCGAUCUGGGUGGCGGUACCUUCGAUGUGUCCAUUCUUUCGAUCAAUGAUGGCAUCUUCAAGGUCAAAUCUACGGCCGGUGAUACCCAUCUUGGUGGUGAGGAUUUCGACAACCGUCUAGUGGCCCACUUUGUGCAGGAGUUCAAUCGCAAUCACAAGAAGGACCUGACUAGCAACAAGCGUGCUCUGCGUCGUCUGCGCACCGCCUGCGAGCGCGCAAAGCGCACCCUCUCAUCGUCCACUCUGGCCAGAAUUGAGAUUGACUCUCUGUUCGAGGGUACCGAUUUCUACACCUCGAUCACUCGUGCCAGUUUUGAGGAGCUGAACGACGAUCUGUUCCGCAGUACCAUGGAUCCCGUGGAGAAGGCUCUGCGUGACGCCAAGCUGGACAAGUCGGCCAUCCACGACAUUGUGUUGGUCGGUGGCUCCACCCGUAUCCCCAAGGUGCAGCGCUUGCUCCAGGAUCUGUUCAACGGCAAGGAGCUGAACAAGUCGAUUGAUCCCGAUGAGGCUGUUGCCUAUGGCGCCGCCGUCCAGGCCGCCAUCUUGCAUGGCGAUAAGUCGAAGGAGCUGCAGAAGGUCCUGUUGGUCGAUGUUAUCCCUCUGUCUCUGGGUAUCGAGACUGCCGGCGGUGUGAUGAACGUGCUGAUCAAGCGCAACACCAGCAUCCCUGCACAGGCGGAGUUUUUCACCAGCUACUUGAACAACCCGGCUGGUGUACCAAUCCAAGUUUAUGAAGUCGAGUGCGGCAUGACCAAGCAGAACAAUCUCCUGGGCAAGUUCCAGGUAUUGGGCACCCCUCCAGCAAAUCGGCGGGGACGCGGCAUGCCCUCGAUCCAGGUCACAUUCAACAUUGAUCUCAACGGCAUCCUGUACGUCACUGCCAACUGUACCAUCAACAUGGAGAAGACAAUCACCGUCACCAAGGAAAAGGGUCGUCUCUCCCAGGAGGAUAUCAAGCGCAUGGUCAACGAGGCCGAGAAUUACCGCAAAGAGGACAAGAAGCAGAACGAGACUAUCUCCGCCAAGCACGGCCUCGAGUCGUACUGCUUCAACAUGAAGGCCACCAUCGACGAGUACAGUCUAAGGACCAAGAUCGCCGAUUCUGACCUCACCGUCAUCCUGGACAGGUGCAACGGGGCCAUCAAGUGGCUGGAUGCCAAACAGCUGGCCCGUAAGGAGGAAUACGAGCACCAUCAGAAAUUGCUCGAGAGUCUCUGCAACCCGAUCAUCACCAAGCUGUGGCAGAGCGCUGGCCCUGUUCCUGGUGGCAUGCGGUAUGCCGGCGGUAUGCCCGGUGCUCUCGGUGCAGCUGGAGAUGGUGCUCCCUGUGCCGGUGCCGGGAUCGGCCGUGGCCCCACCAUCGAGCAGGGCAACUAAACACUUCUCAAGCCACCACCCACGCUCCAUAUUCUCAAACACACCAAAAAUACAUCCGUUCUCUUACGUAGAAACAACAAAACCAC